CAGCGACCAUUGCCAAUUGCCUCUACAACAACUAAUUGCCAUAAUACUCUACUCCUAUUCAAUAUAUAAACCACAAUCUCGACAUACUUACACCAGCCUGGACACACGAGCAACCAUGCCCUCUCCCGACCCUCCAGCCCCAGCGAUACGACCCUUCCAACCACCCAUAACAGCGCUCCUCAUCUACCCAGCGACCCUAAUCGUGGGCUCACUCUUCUCCGUCCUCUCUCCCACCGCACAAGGCACGCGCGACGACGGCUCCAGCACCCUCCGCCCCCACGUUGAGCCCCUAGCCCCGUCCAUCGCGUCAGACCUCAACCUCUCCUUUCCUCCGCCGCGCCCCGUCAACUACUUCGCCCGCAAAGACAACAUCUUCAAUCUAUACUUCGUCAAAGUCGGCUGGCUCUGGACCACCGCCGCUCUCGCUUUUAUCCUGCUCUCCCAGCCCGCCUACACCCUCGCCGCUAGUCACCGCGCCCGACGCACUGGCCAGGCCGUCCUCCGCUACAUCCUCGCCACGACAGUGUGGUACCUCACGACGCAAUGGUUCUUCGGCCCGCCGAUUAUUGAUCGCAGCUUUGUGCUGACGGGCGGGAAGUGUGAGCGGGCGGUGCCGUUGGCGGAGAACGAGCCCGCCGCGGCGGAUGUCAAAACGCUGUUGACGGCUGCGGCGUGUAAACAUGCGGGUGGGGCGUGGAGGGGUGGUCAUGAUGUUAGUGGACAUGUGUUUUUGUUGGUGUUGGCGACGUCGUUGGUUGUGUUUGAGUUGGUAGGGGGGAGUCAGGGGUGGGGGAAGGGGGGAGUGAGUGUGAAUGGGAAUGGGGAGGCGGAGAAGGAGGUGAGUGAGGAGGUGGAUGUCGUGAGGGUUUGGUCUGGCAGGUUUGCUUGGGCGGUUGCUGGGUUAGGGUGGUGGAUGUUGUUGAUGACGGGUAUUUGGUUCCAUACGUGGUUUGAGAAGUUGACGGGGCUGUUGAUCGCCCUCGGCACGGUUUAUACGAUCUACAUCUUGCCUCGACGGGUCUUGCCGUGGAGGAAUGUGGUAGGCUUGCCGGGUGUUUGAGUAUACAUGAUAUGAUUAUGGCAUGAUAGAUGGUGUAGAGUAUAG